CUACGGCGAUUAUGUCACGCCGGACCUUGCCGUUGAUCCGACAAGAUGUUACUGCCCAGUUCCCCAACGCCCCAAACACGAGCGGCGCCGGGCCCGCAGUCCUCUUGUAAUCACUAUGGCCUCUUGAGAGAGAGAGAGAGAGAAAAAAAUAAGGUUUGGGACACUUUAUACAACACAGAAGAGAAAAAGCAUAACCUUGGUCCUUGAUUAAAGGACAAUGCGCUCCUGGAGAAGUUGAUUUUCUUCAAAUUGUUCCAACAAAUUUCUCAGACAGAUGCCUGGAGAAGUGCAGCUGUGCCGUGCAGCACAGCAGGUCCUGUAAACAUACUGCCACCUGUCAACUCUGGCCUGAUUUUCCUGUUCUUUUACUGUAAAUCUUGUCCCAACAAUGGCUGCACAAAGGAAACACCUAGUCAGAGAAUUUAACGCCUUCAUCACUUGUUACAUCUGCAAGGGCUAUCUUAUCAAGCCAACUACAGUGACUGAGUGUCUACACACUUUUUGCAAAAGCUGUAUUGUUCAACACUUUGAAGACACAAAUGAUUGUCCAAGAUGUGGAAUUCAAGUUCAUGAAACUAACCCAUUGGAAAUGUUAAGGUUGGACAAUACAUUAGAAGAAAUUAUAUUUAAGCUGGUGCCUGGGCUGAAAGAAAUGGAAAAACAGCAAGAAGAGGAAUUCUGGAAAAAGAAUAAACCACAAGAGAAUGGAGAAGAUUAUGAAGGCCCUAAAGCAAAGAAGGCUAAAGUAGAAGAGGAGGAGGAUCAAGACGAUCAGGACUAUCACAGAAGCGAUCCACAGAUAGCGAUUUGCCUAGACUGCCUCCGCAACAAUGGCCAGUCGGGAGAUAAUACAGUAAAGGGCUUAAUGAAGAAAUUUAUCCGCUGCUCAACGAGAGUCACAGUGGGAACUAUAAAGAAAUUUCUCAGUUUGAAAUUAAAACUUCCUAGCACUUGUGAGCUGGAUGUUCUAUGCAAUGGGGAAAUUAUGGGGAAGGAUCAUACCAUGGAAUUCAUAUAUAUGACUAGAUGGAGACUCAGAGCUGAAAAUUCUUAUCCAAUGGUACUACAGUAUCGGCCAAGGAUUGACUUUGGUUAGACCAGAGCAGCUGUUAUCCACUAUGGAGGAUACUGCACUAACGUUUACCCAUCGACAGUUUGCACAAUGAAUGGAUAUAUAUUGGACUAUGGACCGAAUCAGAUUUUUCGGAACAGAAACAAAGUUUGUAUCUCUCUACCAUUUUUCAGAUGCAUUUAUUUUUCCCAAGAACAAGCUUGAUGCUAUUCUGCUACUGGAGCCAUGAAACGUCAGUGUUCGUCAGUGUGAUAUCUGUAUUGGAAACUGCAAAUAAUCACCCCCUCUUUAGUCUGUGAGUUGAUAGUCAGUGAACACUGUCAUGUGUCUAAAAGCCUAUGUCCUGAGGUAAUACAUGUGCUUGUGCAAAUGCUAAAACAUAGUGCAAAAUGGCAAAACUUACUCUACGUCCUUGAAUAAAUUAUGUUCCGGCUACAACAUGCAUUGACUUUGUCCGUUUAUAGUAGGUUAAUUGGCCCUGAGGACUACAUUUGAAGUUAUAAUGUGUUUUUGUUAUACCACUGAUGUAACCGUAAAUAAGGAGGUGCAUUUUUGUAGAGACAAAUGACUUCACAUCCUGCCCUGUAAGCAUUGAUUUUUUUUUGUAGCUGAAAAAAGUAAAUUGGUUUAUGAGCAUUAAAAAAAAACAAAAUAUAUGGAAAAAUGUUAUACCAUCAUCUCACCAAGGGUCAGUAGCUUGGAUCAAAAAUCAGCUCAUCUCAAAUGGAGGAACUUGUGGUCUGAAUCCAUAAAGCAAAAACAACUAAAAAUAUUUAGGAUUCAAAAUCAAAUUCCAGAUUACCAAAGUAAUUAUUCCACCUAAAUUUGAGGAAUGUCCUGGAGAAAAUGUUUGCUUCCCUUGUCAAAUUUCAGAUGGAGAUCUAUCAAUGGAUUAUCACAUUGAAUCUGUAUUUGUCGUUUAAUCAUUGUGUUCCUGCAUGAAAAUGAGAUGGGUGGAUUUUGGAAUCCAUGCUAUUUUAGAAUAAGUUACUGCAAUUGAUCAUUGAUUUGAUAAUGUAAGAAUCCAUGAAUAGGUUCUCUCCAUCAUUGUUGCAUUAGUGAGUACAGAACUUUGAAAAAUAGAACACCUAGCCCCACAUGGUUCACCUCCUUGACAAUCAGAUGUCAUAAUUAUUUGGCAAUAUGUAAUUAAACAACAUUAUACGAUAUAUAUUAUUCUUAUUACACUUGCCCAAUAGUGGUUUAGGGAACUUGUGGUAAAUUUUAGGUAUGAAAUCUGUGUAAGUUCAGCUAUACUGAAUGAGAAGUCUGUGUUGCAGUCUUCGAAAACGUGUAAUCCUGUUGCUAAAGUACAAAAUAAUGACUCUUGUAGUCAGACAUCUAAGCUAUUGGGACCUGUGAUGCCGGUGAUUUUUACCUCCCAGACAUACCUACAAAAAUAUAGCUACUGGAUAAUGUCCGUAGUUUAGUCAAUGAGUGUAUAAAUUGAGUUGUUCAACAGUGAGGGCAAAACAUGCCUCAUUUUGUGCUCAGCCUUCAAGAUCUAUUGUUUACAUUGGUAUAGUUUUAUUUAUUACUGAACUUGUAAAUUCCAUUGGACAAUACAAAAUUUCAGAAAGUCAUGUUAGCAUUGGUCAUAAAGACACUCAAAUAAUGCCAUUUACUGCUAUAAAUUCCUAAUAUUUAAUUAAAAGUAGGAUUUAGUUGACUCGAAAGAAUUGUUAGCCAAGAUGCUGGACAAGCAAUCAACAGGUUCACAUAACAUUUUAUCUGUUGUGUUAAUAGUUCACAGAUUUAAAAUAAGUGGAAUAAUAUCUUGAUUAAAAAAGUUGGAAAAGUUGCAUUCACCUCCUACUUUCAGCAACAGCAACUUCCUGAUGAAAAUCUUUAUAUUGGUCAUCUACAGUUUAAAGGACCCAAGCAAGUAUUUCAGUCAGCUCAUGUAGUCAGAAUGAAUCUAUCCAUUGUAUUAAAAUGUUGUGUUAGUUGUUGAAUGAUUUGAACAGUGUUAAUUUUCAAGGGGUUUGUAACCUGUUAAAAAUGUAAUACCAUCAAACUGUACAGUGGUGUCAUUUUCAUAGUGUUACUUUCCAUUUAUGUCCCUGAAGCUGUCAUUUACAUGUACAUUUUUUACAUUUUCCUAUUUCUUUGCAAUGCACUCUGAAAUACAACACUGAACAUCUCCAUUUAAGAAAGAAAGUAAUUUUGCUGUGGUUGUAAAAUGUCCAAGAAUCAUUUAAUUUUAAAUGAAUAAUUAACUUGAAGGCCAUUGACUAAAUCUUGCUAUUAAAAUGUAAAUAUUUUUGUAAAGAAAACCAAUUGUAAUUGUUUGCAUACUGAUGUUAAUAGUAUUUUAUGUUUUGCAAAAAAACUGUUUAGAGAAGCAGUUCUAUUUUUUAAUAUGUAUUUGCUGCAAACAUGCAUUCCUCUUUAACCAUGUUAGGGUUUUAGUGAAUGUUCUGUAUAUUUGCAGUCACACUGGGCUGAGAAAUGAAUACUGUGUCUAAAAAUUGUAUCAAUUGAAGCACAAUUCACCCACUGUCUUGUAGUGAUUUGCUAAUUAAAAGAAGCAAUAAAAUAUAUUAGUUAAUGAAAAUGCUUUUGUAAAAGGCUUCGGCCACAGUCCUGUCAGUGAACUGUUGUGGAUCUGGACUGUCCAUUGUCAUUAAAUCAAUGAGUUAAAAAUUGAAGUUUUUAAAACAUUUGUAUGAUGCACUUUUGACCAUUUGAUUGCUGAACACGUUAUCCUGACUUUUUUAUUUAUGAUGAGGCAUCUUUUUGCAAUAUUAAACGUAACUUUGCACAAACUUUUUCAUGAGGAUUAUAUAUUGAAGGGUUCAGAGGUUGAUAUAUAAUCUUGAACCAAUGAGUUUGGAAACCAUGAACUUUUAAUAGGUUAUGCUAGAGGUUUAUAAAUUGAUAAGCGGUGUGAUCAAUCCACAUUAUGAUUUAGUGUAGUUCUUUUCCAAAUAAGUUAAUUUUUGUUGAAGUAAAUAAUAAACUUUUUAAUUACGUUA